AUGCACCCAGUACCAAGGGGUGUGGUGGCAUUGGAGGAGAUCCUACAUAACUUGAGUUAUUUGUAUAAAGUGAAAUUCGCUCUCACUAAUGAAUUAAAUUCUCUCGUGAUCCAUAUAUGGCUGCCUUUGGAUGUUUCAACCUAUUGCUGCUGUUUUAAUUUCUACAGGGUUGAGAAUUUCGAGCUACAAAUCAAGAAGAGUACAUUGGAAUUGCAGAUUUUAGAUGCUAACAUAAGGGAUUACGAACCAAGCACAGACCAAGAGCCUUCUCUUCAUCAACUCAAUUGGUGUGAGAGGAACUUGCAACAAUCUUUGAAAAAAGUCAUGGCUAGAAAAAUGGAAUUGGAGAAACCAGGCAAGAUGGAUGUUCACUUGGAUGCACAACAACCAGCUCCUCAGGAGUUUGAUACGUGGAUUAAUCCAUAUAGUACAAGUAUUCAAGGGAGCAUGUUUCAAGAUUGGAUAGACAAAGGAAAGAGAGCAUUAGGUAGGUCUAGCAAUUACGCAUAUAACGCUCCCUAUGCAAGUUCUUCACAGUGUGAGAAUAUAUCAUUAUCUCCAAUCCAAAACCCAUCUUAUAUCUCAAUGCAGAGCGAGCAACAAAACAUGGUAGUAGAUGUCCAGCAGAAUCCAACACAAGCAUUUGAGCAAUCAGAGACACAAGUGACUUUUGGUGAAAGUAUUGGCAACUCUAUCAUGGACUUCUGGCAUAAUCUUUGCACUUCUACAAGGCCUAUCUCCGGUCCACUCUCCACUAUGGGUACACAAUCAAAUAAUCUCUCCUCAUUUGAGUUGGAGUAUGCCCAUUCAAAUUGGAGUAUGAACUUGAAUCAUAAUAACAACAAUCACAUCAUUCAACAUAAUGAUCAUUCUUCAGUUCAAAGUGAUGCAAGAGUUCCUAAUGUUAAUGGAAGUAACUAUUCCAUGAAGGAGAAUACCAUAGGAAACAAUGAAUAUUUCAUUGAAAAAACACAUGACAAUGAUUCAUGGGAAUGGGAUGAUGAUUUUCUCAAUGAGACUUUCAGUGUGGAAGACUUCAGAAAUUUGGAUUGAUCAACCAAUGACCAAUAAUCUUUUCAAUCUUCAUUUAUAUCUGUGGUCCAGUUAAGUAAGGAUAAAUAAACAUAGCUGGACUCCUAAUGUUUUAGCUUUUCUAUUUUAUUUUAUUACAAGAGAUCUAAAUGUACGUAGUGUGGCCUAUAUAUGAUAAAGUGAAUAACAAAAUCGGCCUAACAAUGUCAGAAAAUAAAUUUUUGAGAUACCUAUUGAUGUGUAUUGCCCAAACAACACUUACAAUGAGGACAACCUAAUAAAUUUUUACAUUUAGAAUAUCCAACAUAUGUUU